AUGAUGGCCUAUUUUACCACGGCGGGUGGAACCUUGUGGUCCAUUGACGGUAACACUCAAGAGAUCAAAGAGGUGAAGGUCUUUGCAGAAGAUCCAAUCCGUUGGGUGGGAGAACAAAUAAGCUAUCUAGACAGUUUCUGUCGAUUGAAAGACUCGAUCUACUUUGUUGCCAACCGCACAGAACUAUGGAAAUCAGAUGGAACGUCGGAAGGAACCACCAUCGUGGAAACGUUGAACGAUACCAUCAUUGGCGUGUCAGCGGUAAAUGAUCAUUAUCUACUCUUGGCUGUGGGUUCCAACCAGAUGCGUGCCUCGGAUGGAUCCAGUGCAUCGACAAUACUCACGAUGGAGGCAGAGGCUCCCAUUCUUCGUGGAUGGAAGCAGGAUCUUGUUCCAGGUAGUCAAAAGGCGUUGUUCUUGGCUUUGGGCAACUGA